AUGCCGCGCAUUCGGACUGGCACGCCAGAAACGACAACUUGGUGGAGGUGUUGCCAAGAAACGUGCGAGCACCGCGAAGUCAACAACGAGGCAUGGGGCACAACCUGCCCGGACUGUAGCCAUGAGAAAUGUGAGGAUUGUGAGGAAAACAUCACUCCUUCAGCCAGCUCAACACAACAAAACAUCCGCCGCCGACAUCGAUGCGAGACCACAAAGUACGCACGACAUGCGAGACAGCCAAAUACAGCCAACUACGCACGACCUAGCAACACGGGAUGGUGGAUCUGUUGCAAGGAUAGGCGGGAGGUGAAUCCCAAAUUAUGGGGAGACGAAUGUCCCGAUGAUCAGCACCAAAAGUGUUCUGAAUGCCGAACACUUUCAUGA